AAAGAUUUGUAGGCGUGUAUUAGUUUAUUUUAUCCGGUCGGGGGCACCGGCAAGUGGUUUAUAUUUUCAUAUGAGUUCGUCUCUUGCCUGUUGGUAGAAAAGCUGCAAGUUUACCGAGUGAUCCGUCAGUAUUGUUUAUUUCCCAAGCUACUAGAAUGGCGGACGAAGAUGAUGAUGGAGGAUUUGAAGAAGAUAUUGAAGAGGUGGGAGGUGGCAUUGAUGGAGGACAAGGAAAAAGAAAACGAUUCUUCUCUAAAGAAUUGCGGUGUAUGAUGUAUGGUUUUGGUGAUGAUCAAAACCCCUACACGGAAUCUGUAGAUAUUCUGGAGGACCUAGUAAUAGAAUUUAUCACAGAGAUGACUCACAAAGCAAUGUCAAUUGGACGACAGGGACGUGUCCAGGUUGAAGACAUAGUGUUUCUAAUCAGAAAAGACCCUAGAAAGUUUGCUAGAGUUAAGGAUCUUUUAACCAUGAAUGAAGAACUGAAAAGGGCACGUAAAGCUUUUGAUGAAGCCAAUUAUGGAUCUUAGCAUUCAGACUACCCUAUUGAUUAUUCUCAUGUAUAAAACUGAAACCUAUUUUAUAAUUUCAAAUCAGUUUUUUUUUAAUCCUGGCAAUCUUGAUUUUUUGCAUGUUUUUCAUUUAUU